AUGGAUACGGACAAGGACAUCCAGGACUCUCUGCAGAGGUGUGGAGUAAGAAGAGAUGUUGAUGUUUGCCGAUUCGUCCUCUCUAAGAAAAAACUCACCAGCGUCCCCGACUUGUCACGGUUUCCCUUCCUGCGCGAGCUGUGGCUGAAUAACAACAAGAUCAGGGAGCUCAGCUGUCGAUCUGUUAACUGCUGCUUGACUGAACUUUAUCUCCACAACAACAACAUCAAGUCGAUAUCAGGAGCUCUCAAUCAUCUGACCUGCCUGCGACUUCUUUUUCUCCACAACAACCAGAUGAGAGGUCUGGAGGACACGAUGCACGAGCUCAGGAGGAUGCAGAACCUCCAGACUGCAAAACCCGGGUAUCGUCUCCAUGUGAUCCACUGCCUUCCCUCCGUGCAGGUUUUAGACAAGAAAGCGGUGAGGUCAGAGGAGAGGAGGAGGUCGUUCCAGAGUCACAUGCCGCAGCGUCACAGUGUCCUCCGGUCUGUGGCCUUCUGCAGAUGGACUACAUAA